GUAAAACAUUUGCAUAUUGAGCGCCGUGCUAGCAGAAGCUAUAGUCCUGCUGACAGAGGCCGGUUUGGAGCAGCAGUGGGAUGACGCCGUCACUCCGGUGUCCCGGCUAACAGACUGAGAUCGGCAUCCUCAGUACUUCCUGCUGGUCUGUAGCUGUCCUCCAUCCAUCCAGCCUCAGCUGCUGACACAUCCGGACUUCAUGUAAAGGGGGUACAGGGGUCUGCCCAUGAUGGUGAUGCAAAUUGCUGCAACUAGCCCCAAAGGAUCUGAACAUGUAUAGCUGCAGAGGCUAAAUCUCUUGUGAAUAGCAGUGCCCCUGUAAUGGCACUUGGAUCUUAUACCCUAAGGAGAUUUUUUUUUACCUGCAAGUAUUCAGAGCUUGUAAACUGAGAACCGGUUUAUUCCACAGGAAUGACUCUGUGCAACUUACUGAUCCACUUAGAGAUUUCUAAGCCAAAUGUAGCUACCCCCUGAGGGCUUUGGCUGAUGGUGAAAGCACGAUAAACUGACUGUUGACAAAAGGUGGUGACGCCUCUCUGUUUGCAAUCACAAGUGUUUCCCUGCUCCCGUUCAUUCAUACUUUUAAGCUCCCCACUGCUGGGUGUCCUGCUAAAAUGACCACAGAGUGGGGUGAGAAAUCCUCAGCGGAGCUCAUGAGCAGGUAUGUCUCCAAGGAAAUGGGAUAUGGUGUGCCUAAGGAGGGCUGGCGUAUCUGUCUGGCACACGAGUUCAAGGAGAAGAGAAAGCCCUUUCAAGCAAAAGAUGUCUCGCUGUCCAACGUCUUGGAUCACAUCGGCCUUGGGAUCAGGUAUCUAAAAUGGUGGUACAAGAAGACCCAGGUGGAAAAGAAAGCUCCGUUCAUCGACAUGUUUCGUGCCCAACCCUUGCGUCAAAUAUAUGGUGCUCCACUUGGCGGUAUUGGAGGAGGAACCAUCACGAGAGGUUGGAGGGGGGAAUUCUGCAGAUGGCAACUUAACCCAGGGAUGUACCACUACAAAACUGUCACAGCAAACCAGUUUACAGUGUGUUUGCGACGUGGUGGGCAAACAGUUUACCAGCAGGUGCUUUCUGUAGAGCGUCCUCCCACACUACAAGGCUGGAACUGGGGCUACUGCGGAGAGUACGCCUUCUAUCACGCCUUGUACCCCCGCGCCUGGACCGUUUACCACCUGCCGGGACAGAAUGUCACCUUAACCUGCAGACAGAUUUCCCCAGUCAUCCCCCAUGACUACCAGGACUCUAGUCUGCCAGUGGCAGUAUUUGUGUGGGACAUAGAGAACAAGAAUGACUACGCUCUUGAUGUCUCCAUCAUGUUCACUAUGGUCAAUGGGUCGGGACACAAGGACGACAAGAGUGGGGGACACUGGAAUGAACCAUUCCACUUGGAAAAGGACGGGGAGGCAGUGUCGGGGGUCUUGCUCCAUCACUGCACUGCGGUGAACCCUUACACUCUGUGCAUCGCAGCCCGAGAACAGCCUGACAGGGAGGUCAGUCACCAGACAGCAUUCAGCCCGAAGGGAACCUGCAGCGGCCUGUGGAGUGACCUCAUCACUGACGGACGGCUGGACUCUCCUACAGGAUCCAGCCCGCCCACGCCCAAGGGAGAGAAGGUGGCAGCAGCGUUGGCUGUGGGCUGCUCAGUGCCGGCUCAGAGCCAUAACAGUCUGGAGUUCUGCCUGGCCUGGGACAUGCCCACAAUCACCUUUGGCUCAAGGGAGAGGGAACACAUCAGGAGAUACACUCGUUACUUUGGGACCAAAGGGGAUGCAUCCCCCUCGCUCAGUCACUACGCCCUAACACACUACAGACAGUGGGAGAAGAGCAUUGAGGAGUGGCAAAGACCCAUACUGCAGGACAGCUCUCUCCCCUCCUGGUAUAAGUCAGCCCUGUUUAAUGAGUUGUACUUUGUGGCGGAUGGAGGGACGGUGUGGAUAGAGCUACCAGAGGAUGCUGAUGUCAGUGGUGGCGUGCGCAGCGAGGACGGGGGGCUGCCAGCUCAGCCGGCUGUCAUCAAGGAGUUCGGUCGUUUCGCCUACCUGGAAGGUCAGGAGUACAGAAUGUACAACACGUACGAUGUGCACUUCUACGCCUCCUUUGCACUCAUCAUGCUGUGGCCCAAACUUGCCUUGAGUGUGCAAUAUGACAUUGCGGGCAGUGUGGUGCAGCAGGACCCAACAGAGAGGCUCCAUCUGAUGAGUGGGCGGUAUUCUCCUGUUAAGGCCAAAAAUGUGGUGCCUCACGACAUAGGAGACCCAGAUGAUGAGCCAUGGCAGAGGGUGAAUGCCUACCUCAUCCAUGACACUGCAGACUGGAAGGACCUGAACCUGAAGUUUGUCCUGCAAGUCUACAGGGACUUCCAUCUCACCCAGGACAGUCAGUACCUGCGGGACAUGUGGCCCAUCUGCCAGGCGGUGAUGGAGUCAGAGAUGAAGUUUGACCUGGAUGGAGACGGCCUGAUAGAGAACUCUGGAUAUGCUGACCAGACCUAUGAUGGUUGGACAGUGACUGGACCGAGUGCGUACUGUGGUGGGCUGUGGUUGGCGUCCCUGUGUGUGAUGUGUAAAAUGGCCAGACUGGUGGACAACGAGGAGACAUACCGACGUUACAGAGACAUCUUGGACAGGGGUAGCGCUGCUUUUGACAAACUGCUGUGGAAUGGCAAGUAUUACAACUAUGACAGCAGUGGGAGAGACCUUUCCAAUAGUGUCAUGUCUGACCAGUGUGCUGGCCACUGGUUCCUGAGAGCGUCCGGACUGGGAGAGGCAGAAUACCAGGCUUUUCCAAAAGAAAAAAUCCACAGCGCACUAAAAUCUGUCUUUGACUUGAAUGUAAUGAGCUUCGCUGGAGGCCAGAUGGGGGCAGUUAAUGGCAUGCGUCCUGAGGGAGUGCCUGACCGCUCCAGUGUCCAAUCAGAUGAGGUGUGGAUUGGAGUGGUGUAUGGACUGGCAGCCACUAUGAUCCAUGAGGGUAUGCAGGAGGAGGGUAUGCGCACUGCGGAGGGUUGCUACCGGACUGUGUGGGAGAGGUUGGGCAUGGCCUUCCAGACUCCUGAAGCCUACUGCGAGAAGGGAAUCUACCGCUCUCUGGCGUACAUGAGGCCUCUGAGCGUCUGGGCCAUGCAGCUAGCCCUUAACACUUCACAGAAGGAACAGACCUCAUCAGCUCAAACUGGAGCCACAGACGGGGAGCAGGGACAUGACUUGAGAGAAACGCAGAGCUAGGACCUGAGCCACUGGACUGGUGUGAUUAGAGAGGUGCAGCGAGUUCCUCUGAAAAUGACCUCCAAACACUCCUGCAGCCACCACCCUCAUCUGCACUCCCAUCUUGCAGGGCCCCGUUUGCUCACAUAACUUCAGUUCUCUACAGGUUGUUUUGCCUCGAAUGAUGGGUCAGAACUUGACGGUUUACGCUUGACAAAUUCAGUAGCUACUGUAGAUCAUGGUAUUGUUAGGUGAGGAGUUUAACAUUUUUCAAGAGACUGCAAACAGUCCCUGAUUGUUUUAUCAAAGUCAGGCACUGACAAACUCAUAGCCGGUGUGUAUUGCUAAUUAAAAACUGACCUUGUUUUUCAGCAACAUAUUGUCUAUUUGCACGUAUGUACACACACACAUGCAAGCACUACAUUUUACAAUCAUGUCAAAAAUAAUGUUUGCAUACUUAGAACAAGUUCAUAUGCUAAAUAUUUGAGGACUGUUGUCUUAUUAUACCAGCCACAUGGAGUCAUUAUUGUCUUUGAGUACAUCAGUGGGUCUUUGAGUGAAUCAUGGCAGAUCUGAAUGAUUUCCCCAUCAGAAAUAUAGACGCUUGAAAAGAAAAGUCAAUUUGAAGAUUUCCUCCAAUUAAAUUUGAAUGCUGUACUAAGUGAUGUAUUAUGUGAUGAUUAGUGUUGGAAAUUAAAUUAAAAUUAUACAUAUUUUCUUUUUUUUUUUAUAGCAUUUGGUGCCUUGUUGCAUGUUGGCCAUAUCUACAGUAUAAUAAUGUAGUGGCAACAUUUACUGUUUUAUAAAAUCCAAUACUCAUGACAAUCAUGCUGAAUAAAUGACUGAA